GUGGGGAGGUCUCCUGGAGGUUUCUUUGUGGGACAGGAGAUGUUUGGAUCUUGCAGGACCCCGAAGCUCAGCCGGAAAUGCCCCGGGAGGGAUCUUGGCGGGUCCCACAUUGCGAUCGCUCGUUCUGGCGGAGAGGGGGCGAGAUCGGUUCUGGGGAUAUCCGGGAGAGCCGUGGGGGAAUACGGGAACCCCGGAGCGGGGAGAGCGCAGAGGGGCAAUCCCGGAGCCGGGGGACCCCCGGCAGCCUGGAGGGGUGUGGGAGGUUGGUGAUAAGCGGCCCCAGGCUCUCUGAGGCUGAAAGGGGCACUGGCUUGUCCAGCUGAACUUGGCCCGCAGGAACAUAAACCCAACGCGCUCAACCCUUCUUUUCCCCCAAAAAUGGAUUUCCCAUUCCUAAACCUUGGCCCGAUGGAGGAGGAGGCCGUGAGGAAGAAGAACAUGCCCCCGGAGCCCCAGGCAGACAAGGAGCUGAGGAUGGAGACCAGGGAGGACAAAUCCCUGCAGCAGAACCUUGUGGAAGAGGCUGUUUGGAGCAGCUCCAUUGCACAGGAAACCAGCGAGGAGGAAAAGCCCGGGAGAUCCCACAUGAGGAUGGGCUGCAAACACAGUUCUUGGGUAUCCGAGGAGGAGAACCAGGGCCAAAGAACCGGACAGAGCUGCAGCCAGAGCUCAGAGCUGGGGUUCCAUGAGCAUCUUCAUGAUGCGGAUAAGCCCCACAAGUGUUCAAAUUGUGGGAAGAGCUUCAGCAAGAGAUCCUCCCUGAUCUGGCACUGGAGAAUCCACAUGGGGGAACGGCCCUAUGAGUGUGGGGAGUGUGGAAAGAGCUUCAGUACGAGAUUCAAACUGAUCCGCCACCAGAUGAUCCACACUGGGGAGAGGCCCUAUGAAUGUGACAUACGCAGGAAGAGGUUUCAGACCAGCUCCAAUCUCGUCAUGCAUCAGCGGAUUCACACAGAAGAGAGGCCCUUCCGCUGCCCUGACUGUGGGAAGGGCUUCAAAUACAACUCCCGCCUUGUCUCCCACAGGCGCAUCCACACUGGGGAGAUGCCCUAUGAGUGUGGGCAGUGUGGGAAGUGCUUCAGGACAAGCUCUGAACUGAUUGUCCACCAAAGGAUCCACACAGGGGAACAGCCCUAUGAGUGUGAUAAAUGCAGCAAGAGGUUUCUGACCAGCUCCAGUCUCCUCCUGCACCAGCGCAUUCACAUAGAGGAGAGGCCCUUCUGCUGCCCCGACUACGGGAAGGGCUUCAGGCACAACUCCAACCUCGUCACCCACCGGCGCAUCCACACUGGGGAGAGGCCCUAUGAGUGUUCUGAGUGUGGGAAGAGCUUUUCACAGAGCUCUCACCUGACCAAACACCAAUGGAGGCACCACUAAGGGAAGCCCUGCAAAUCAAGUGCAGGAAGAGCUUCAUGUGCUGCUCCAGCUCCAUUCUCCAUGGCAGGAUCUGUGCUGGAUGAUGCCGAGUGACCCCUGGUGGGCAGAGCCCCGGUGAUCCAUGUUAGGAAGACACCUGGCUGGGCGGCUCCACAUCCUCCUGGCUUCCCUUGAGCACCUGGACAUAUCCACAGAUCAACAUCAGAAAUCCAUUGUGAAGAGCACGUUUGUCGACUUCUGACCCGAGAAAAAUCUCACUCUUUGCAUCUUCUGGUGGCAUCAAGCAACACUGAAUGGCCUUGGAGGUCUUCUCCAAUAGAAAUCCAUCAUUUUAAUCCUUUCUGGCUCAUGGGCAUCUUCCACAGCCAAAUGGGAACAUAUUGGGGCAAACCCCACAAUUUUGGAGAUGGUGGGGUGGAAACCCCUUCAAAAAGGGUUCUUCCCACCCAGCCAAGCAUGUGGAUGCUUUGCCAGCAGGGACACAUAAAUUCUUUUGUUUUGGCCUUGAAACAAAAAGGUUUCUGUUCAUUCCUUUGAAAGCCCUGUAACUGGGGUGUCCUGGUUUGAAGGACAGGUGUUUGCCAAGGAAAGCAGAAGCUUCCCCUUGGACUGAAAGAAAAUAUGAUUCUUCCGAUUAUUAUAAUUUCGGAAUUAAGAGAGCUCUCAGGCAAAGAUAUGGGGGUAGGAAUAACAGUUCUUUACUAGUAUAUUUAACAAGACAAACAAGAACAACAACAGCUAUGAAAUUACCCACAAACAGAACA